GUCAAAAGCUGUUAAUAGUUUUUGAACACCUUUUUUUUUUUUUUUCUUUCCUUUUCUUCAAAAGUCUUCUUCCUCAUCUUGCCAAAAUUUAUAGAAAAAAGAAAAAAGAAAAAAAAAGGGCUCAUUGUAUGUAUUGUUUGCAUGCCCUGUUGAAUUUUCUGGGAAUUUUUAAUUAGUUUCUCAGAAGAUAUAGCUUGAAUGCUGCGGCCUCUCAUAUGGGGUUGUAAAUUAUGGCCUAGCAGCAAGGUCUUCCUUCAAAGAAUUGGAGGGCAAAUUUUGGUUUCCAUAUCUACUAGCUAGGGACUUCACAGGAAUAGAUUGUCAUUAAGAAUUACUAAUGUCGAAUAAAGAAAAUAGCAGUAAGAUGAAGGGCCUCUUAAAAGGCCUGAGAUACAUUUCUCAAAUAUUUGAUGAUGACAAAGAACAAGAAAUUCAGAUUGGGUUUCCUACAGAUGUAAAGCAUGUGGCUCAUAUAGGCUGGGAUGGUCCAUCAACGGCAAGUAGUUCUCCAAGCUGGAUGAAUGAGUUUCAAUCUCCACCAGGAUUUGCAUCAGCACCUUUAAGUCAGAAUGGAGAGAUGACCGACAAAAAUAUGGUCAAAUGCGUCUCUGAAGAUUCAAGCCGGAGAAGUUCAAGGAGUUCAAUGUCUCCGACACAUGACCCUGAAUUGCCCAAGUCAUCGAGAAGGCAAUCAUUACGGGGGCAUGAAGGAGGUGGUGGUGGAACUGAAUCCCCAAGGGAAAAAUCAGAUAAACCAAGGCAAACAAGAAGGCCUUCCAGGAGGGACUCAUCGGAGGGUAAUAGAGGCGGCCGUCAGGAAGCCACAGAUACAAGUAGCGAAUCCUCCCUACCGGAUAUCCCCAAGAAAUCACGGCGGAAGAAAUCAAAAGAAUCGGCGAUUGGGGGGUCCAAAAAAAAAAAAGAUCCUGGCACCCCAUCUACAGCAAAGUCCAAUAGCAUUGAGCUAUCUCAGAAUUCUUUUCAAGAGGGGGAAGACAAGGGGUUUACAUGAAAUUGUUCAAACAAUUGAUUACUAUCAAUGUUGUAGCAGCUAGAAGCAUCUUCAAUCAGGCUAGCUAUAUAAAAUGUAUCAUCAGGGAAGUGAUGCCAAACAACUGUAAUAUCAGUUUAAUUAUAAGGUUAUUUCAUUUUUGGAACA